ACCUACUUUUUCACUUGUUCAUCAUCAAUUGUUUCUGUUUCUUUUCCAAUUCUUUUUUUCUUUGGUAUUCUUACAUGGGUUUGCUUACAUUUCUCGUUGUUCUUUUAGUUUCUUUAAUAACUACUUUUCUUGAAUUUUCUUUUAUCAUUGGGAGGGGAAGCGCCUGUGUUGAACGCACGAUCUAGCAUAAUGUUACUUAACGUUUAUACCAUUUCAGCUAUACCUCAUUGGUUCUUGAUUUUUCUUUUGAGUCAAAUUUGAAGCUUUUCAUUCUUUUGGUUAGCUUUCAAGAAUUGCAGAUAUUGGGAAAUGCAGAAUGCAAGCACAGAUAAAAGAAUGGAAAAUUGCAGCUCCAGUUUAAGGAUUGUCGGUUGGAAUUUAGAGUGCUAUGAUUGACAUUUGACACCUCAAAUCUUGAAAAUUAUCUUCUGAAAUCAUGGGUGUUGCACAAACAAAACGUACUUCAGCCUACAGCAAGCCUCCUUGGAUAUUCAAAGGCAGUGCCUUGUACCAACUUCAUCUUGUGAAAGCAGAAACAGCUAGAGCAUUCAUUCCAAAAGAAUUCAGAUUAGUUGAAGCUUUUGGCUAUACUCUUGGUGGAUUUUUUCUUGCCAAUUACGAAGACAGUCCAGCCGGGCCAUUUGAUGAGCUAGUGGUGAUUGCAGGACUUGUGUGGAAUCCGCCGACAUCUUGCGCGCCCCAAAAAUCUGAAAUCUAUCAUGGUUCAACUUUGGAGAUAUAUUUUCAGCAUGACAUGGAGCACUUAGUUUUUCUGUUUGGUGGGACUAAAAGUUGUAUGAAAUGGGCAGCUAGGGUUCUUGUCAGCAGUGAUGAUGCCUGUGAUCAUGGAAGAAAGGAAGUAGGGCUUCCAAGUCAUGUUGCCAAGUUUUCAAAGAGAACAGCAUCUAUUCCGAGGAAGCAAAAGAGUAUAAACAACUGCUUUCUUGAAAUGAUCGGUUUGGAAACUGCACCUUCUAGACCUGAUGAUCGCAUGGAUGUUCAAGUCACUGAAAUUAACAGUAAUUCUACGACAAGUAUAUGCAAUAUCAACUUUGCAACUGCUGUUCCUGGUUUGAAUUCAGACAAGUGGAUGGGGCCAAAGAUCAACAUGUCGCUACCGAGUUUUAGUGGUCGUACGGAGUACAAUCCCAACCUCCUCAAGUAUUCAUGCGAUAUGGAGUGCAGGGUGCGAGCAGUGCAGCCAGCAAGAGUGUUAUCAGCUCCGAAGGUUGACGCAGAAGAGUCUUUCAGUAAAACUGCAGAUUCUGUUACCGGAGGGCUGCUCGAUAAUGGUCAAAACUUAAGCAUAUCUGUAAUGUUAUCGAAACCAAUAUUGGCUUUGGAGUUUAGUUGUCUGAAAAUGCAGGUUAAAGCCCCAACUGUAGUUUCCGACUGUUAUAAAACCCCCGGCAGAACUUCUUUAGGAGUUUCUUGAUUUUAGUAUUGCCCUUUCUUUUUCUUUCACGUAUUACUUUACAAUAAAAUUUGACCAUAAGUUGAUUACAUAAA